AUGGCGUCAACCAUCUACAUUGAUGAGGACGUCGGUCGCGAUGACGACUCGGCCACUGGCACAGAGACCGCCCCAUACAAAUCUCUGCUACAUGCCAUGAUCAAACAUGCAAGUGAUGGCCCAACAUACCAAACCCGAAAAUCCGAGACUGGUCCCGUUGACGGCAAUGGUGAUCCUGCUUCUCGUCUGGAGUGGAAACCAGCCUCUAAAUCCGCUUUGAAGAAAGUCUCCAACCUCUACGAACAACAUAAAAAGAAGCAAGCCAAGGCUUCAGAACUCGCCAUUCGAGAAAACGCCGAGGCUGCCAAACGACAGCAGACGCUCGAAGAUGCGAAAAAGGUCGUCCUCGAAGAGGACAAAAGCCUGCCCGCCCCAGUCUCCAUCCGUCUUGACGAUGCCGACUCUACCAAGAUCAAGUUGGGGUCAGCCGACUCCCCAGGAACCCGUGUCCAGGUAUCUGGCUAUGUCCACCACCUCCGAUCCCAGAAAGAUGUCAUUUUCAUCACCCUCAAGGACGGCUACGGCCACAUGCAAGUCGUCCUGAGCGGCAACCUGAUCAAAACCUACGCCGCCAUGACCUUGACCCUCGAAACAUCCAUGACCAUCCGCGGUGAACUGAAAGCUCUCCCACCCAAAGCUCAUGCUCCCCUGGACCGCGAGCUCCACGCCGACUUCUACACCGUCAUUGGCGCCGCCAUAGGCGAUAAAGAAGCCAUCACCAACAAAGUCCAACAGGACGGUGACGCCCAAACCCUCCUCGACAACCGCCAUCUCGUCCUACGAGGCGACACCGCAUCUGCCGUCAUGAUCGUGCGUGAUGCCGUCGACUUUGCCUUCCGGCAGACGUUCCGCGAACUGCGAAUGCGAUUCGUCACCCCUCCAGCUAUGGUGCAAACCCAGGUUGAAGGCGGCGCCACACUCUUUGAAUUCGACUACUACGGCGAAAAAGCCUACCUCACCCAGUCCUCACAGCUGUACCUGGAAACCUGCCUCGCGUCCCUCGGCGACGUCUACACCAUCAGCCCGUCUUUUCGCGCCGAGAAGUCCCUCACCCGCCGCCACUUGUCGGAAUACACGCACAUCGAAGGCGAACUCAACUUCAUCACGUUCGACGGCCUGCUCACACAUCUCGAACACGUCAUCUGCCGAGUGAUCGAGCUCACGCUGGCCGACCCCAUCAUCGCAGCACACAUCAAAUCGCUCAACCCGGACUUCAAGCCGCCAUCACGCCCCUUCAAACGCAUGCGCUACACCGACGCCAUCGACUGGCUGGUCGAGCACUCGAUCCCCAACGAAGACGGCGAACCCCACAAGUUCGGCGACGACAUCGCCGAGGCCGCCGAGCGCAAAAUGACCGACAUGCUCAACGUGCCCAUCUUCCUCACCCACUUCCCCGUCGAGAUCAAGGCCUUCUACAUGCCAAAAGACGCCGCGGACCCUCGCGUCACCGAGAGCGUCGACAUGUUGAUGCCCGGCGUCGGCGAGAUCGUCGGCGGCAGCAUGCGCAUCUACGACUAUGACGAGCUGUUGGCCGGCUAUAAGCGUGAGGGCAUCGAUCCUAAGCCCUACUACUGGUAUACCGAUCAGAGACGCUACGGUGCCACGCCGCACGGUGGAUACGGCCUUGGCCUCGAGCGCUUCCUCGCAUGGAUGUGUGGUCGCUGGACCGUCAGAGAGUGUGCGCUGUACCCCCGCUUUGCGUACAGAUGUACCCCUUGA